CAUACAGCGCGCAUCCAGUCAGUAUUCGAGAUGUUCCGGUGAGUAUACAUAGACAGUGAAUAGGUGGCAGCGUGCCACGUUCAUUGCGAUGCGUCGCAUCUGGAAAGUGCGUUCAUUGUCGAGAAGAGAUCAGUCCAAAGCCAACAUCCGCACGCAACGAUCGCUCAGAUUGCGCAAUGAGCUAUGCCUCCAUGCGCAUCAUCCCCCUUUCCCUUUGGACAGUUGUCGGAUGUGGAGUACGUGCAUCGCGGGCUGCAGCAUCUACAUCCAACUCAGCCUCAGGGUAGAGCCGCUCACAGUCACGCUAGAAGAUGCAACGAAUAUUCUUUACAAUGUAUACAAAUGGCAACCUGCAGCGCGAAAUGACACAAGAUCCUCGCUAUACUUUAAACGCAAUAUACACAGCAGUAGCUCCACCACGUCGACCAAUCUGCAAGGAGCUUGCUGUGGUCGUAAUAUCAUUAUCCACACUGUGGGGUCGGUCUUCCAGCGAAGCAGGGGUAGAAGCCGGGUAAAGACUACAUACCAUUGUAGGGGCAAACGACCGUUCCUUACAUUCGCCAAAGAGAAUGCACGGUACGCUAUCGAUGAAGUACUACAGCAACGCCGCCACGGCGCGUUGCAUGCGCGAUGUCAAUGCUUCUGACCAAGGACUUGGACCUUCUUGAGUGCAAUCAGAACAUAGGGCGGGCCGACGGUACCGUUGAUCACGUCUCAAGACAGCCACGCAAAUGUGAGGGCAAGCCUGUACCAAGCCUGUUGAAGGGA